AUGGCACCCAGUGCUGCCCUCUUCAUCGCCCUGAGCCUCCUCCUCUCCGCCGUCGCCGCCCACGGCUGCGGAAGCACCUAUUGCCAACCGCCGGUCGUCGUGCCGACACCACCCAUCGUCGUUCCGCCGCCAUACCAUGAAGGAGGAGGGCACGGCCACGGCCACGGCGGGCAGUGCUCCAUCAACGUGCUCAACCUGAGGGUGUGCGCCAACGUUCUCAGCGAACUGCUCGGCCUCAAGAUCGGCGUUCCGGUGCACGACCAAUGCUGCCCGCUGCUCCAGGGGUUGGCCGACCUCGACGCCGCCGUCUGCCUCUGUAUCGCCGUCAGGGCCAACAUCCUCGGCCUCCACCUCAACGUGCCUGUGGACAUCAGCCUCCUCCUCAACCACUGCGGCAAGAAGUGCCCGUCCGGUUUCACUUGCCCAGCCCAUUAA